AUGAAGUUCACACAAUCUCUUCUUCCUUUCUUCCUUGCCCUUGCGCCUUCAGCUUUGGCUGCUUCCCCGACGGAUCUCCAAGCGCAAAUUGGAUCCCAUGUCAUCUACUCUUACCCCGGCCUUGAGCCCUCCGCCCAGCUCCUCGAGCUGAUCAAGGAAGGCAAAGUCGGCGGUAUCAUCCUCUUCGGCGAGAAUGUCAGCGAUAACCUCACCACCACAAUUGACAAUCUCCAGCAGACCUACAAACAAAGCCCGUACUAUUCCGGCAGUCCUUUGCUCGUCAUGACGGACCAGGAAGGCGGAGAGGUGCGUCGGUUGUCCGGCGGGCCAGUGUCGAGUGCCAAAGUAGUCGGUGAAGCCGCCGAUUACAAAGCGGCCGCGACGCAGAUGGGCAUUGAUGCCGCGACCACCCUCAAGGAAUUCCAUAACAACGCCAACCUGGCCCCCGUCCUGGAUGUGUUCCGCGUGGCCGGGGACUUCGCCGAUAACUACCAGCGCUCCUUCAGCAACUCAUCCAGCGUCGUUGGGACAUGCGGAUCUGCAUUCAUCCACGCCCAGCAGGGUGACGGUGUUGUCGCAACCGUCAAGCACUUCCCCGGCCUGGGUGGAGCAAGCACGACCGAGAAUACCGAUGUGGAGCCCGUCACCAUUGACUUCACCAAGGAGGAGCUCCGCUCGGUGGAUAUGGCCCCGUAUACGAAGGCGAUCGCGGCCGGUGUCGACAUGGUCAUGGCCUCGUGGGCUAUCUACCCUGCUUUGGACGCCAAUUACCCCUCCGGACUGAGCAAGGCCAUUAUCCAGAAUGAGCUGCGCGGUAGACUUGGCUUCAAGGGUGUCACUAUCACCGAUGCUAUUGAGGCGGGAUCGCUGGUGGCAUUUGGCGACCAGGGUCCCCGUGGAUUGUUGGCUGCUCAGGCUGGUAUGGAUCUCUUGCUUGCCAGUGGGAGGAAUGUCACUCAGGGAGAGGCUAUUUACGAUGCUCUGGCUGCUGCUUUGAAGGAUGGUUCGUUGGACAAGCGUGCAUUCUCUAAUGCAACCAACAGAAUUGCGUCACUUCGCAAGAAGCUUAUUAAGUUUUAG